GAAGGAGAGUCACGCUGUGAAAAACGUCCGUCACCGUUCACGGGGUCACUAUUCGGCGACACUCAGGGACCGGAAGUGCUGAUUUUUGCGGAUAGAGUUGUUCGCCGCACACGGAAGCGGAAAUGGAUGGUGACGGUAGGAGAAUGUGCAGUGAAGCAAAACUGGCUCCAGACUAUGAGGAAAUGUUUGCUCACCGGUUCACAGAGGCUGACACAGAGUAUCAGGAAAUGGUGAAGAGUGCGGCUGAUCCACCACCCAUUGUAGAGGACUGGAUGAACCGGCCCGCUGGGAAUCGCAGGUCACAAGACUAUAGAUCCUACCGAGGACGCAGUGACAAUCGCAGCUGGUCAGUUAAUCAACCGUGGCAGGGCAGAAAUCGCAGCUACAAUCGAUCUGGGUCUCAUGAAUCAUACAGCCAAGGGACCAAUUCACACUGGCAGUCAAAUCACCAUCGUUACUGACUUUGAUUCAUGACUGAAUCUGCCAUUGUAACUAACAACAUGGAUUGUAACAGCUUAAUUUUACAAAAUUCCUUUUCAGCUUUAUCGCCAUGUGUGGAUGGCUAUUUAGAGAAAGUUAAUAGUUUGUGUGGGAUAACAUUGGUAAUACUUUCUGGCAUGGUCAAAAGUAUGGUAUUCCAUUCUGUAAAACAUUGAAUGCUUUUACUGGACAGAUGUUGAUUGCAGAAUGAAUCACUCCCUUCCCCAGCCACAAAACUUUGAUCACAGAACAGCUUCCCCCACUUGCUCCCCUGCAGCCAGCAUUCUGCUGGCCUCCUGUCUGAGGGCAAUUAUGCUGCAGGUCAUUGGGCAACAGUUUGACUCCUUUGCUUGGCUGCUUAUUGGGGCAGCUCAUCUGGAUUUAGAAUAUAGUCAGUGGUGAUUUCCACAUCCCUCACUAGGGAUCCAGGCAAAAGACUCUCAGCUCCCUCUCAGUCACAUUACAGACUGCAUCAGACUCCAUCAUACAUUCUCUGCAGGGCUCAGCUCUUGAGUCAUUUAACACUCUGCUUCAUUUUCUCUCUUAUUG